AUGGCGUUCACGUUUGCCGCGUUUGCCUAUCUUAUCGCGCUGAUAGCGGUCGCGUUUUGUAUCUUCUUUGCAAUAUAUACAGUAUUAUGUUGUGUGCUAAAGCGCUGUUAUUCGUUGUUUUUCUUGCAUUGCUCAAAGCGAUUAUUUCAGCUCAUUCUGCCCGAAUAUGUGAUUCAAAUGUCCUACACGGUCCUAUUCCUUCUAAUACAUCUUUUUUUCUUUUCUGGAUACUUUAACCUACAAGUUUUUGACAGCUGGACACAAGUUUUCGCUUCUAAACAAAGUGAAAUUCUGGUCUUUUGGAUUCGAGGAGUAUUAUUUCUUCGCUUUUUCUCACGUCAGAACUUGUAUUGCGAAGACGGAUACACAAGGGAACAAGUGUAA